UUCGUUUCUUUUCGCUGCUUGUUCCGCUGGAUCACGCUAGAAAUUCAUGCGUUGCUGAAGACAGCCAUGUCUGAGCCACCACAAGACUUUGCAGUCCCAGAAACCGACGAAAACACACCGAAUGCCAACGGCGACAAGACCCAGCCAGCAGAAGACAUCCUGAAUGUGCUGAACCAGCUAAACGCUCAACCCGUUCCAACAACAACCACGCAAAAUGGCCACGAGCCAACUCCACAAGCAGAAGACAUCUCUCAAGUACCGCCUUCAGAAUGGGAAUUGAUGCGAGCACAGCUGCGUGACAAUCCUCAUGAUCCAGAAGGAUGGAACAGACUUGUCAACCUCGCUGAGAGCAACGGCGACCUUGAGCAGAUAAAAGAAACGUACGAAGCCCUUCUUGAAGCUUAUCCGAACACGUCGUCUGCCCAAAUCGCCUAUAUCAACCAUUUCUUGAGCCCAGGAUCGUUUGGAUACGCCGAAACAUUGUUCAAGCGAUUUUUGAGAACAUCGCCUUUAGUCGACCUUUGGAAGUAUUAUCUUACUUACGUCAGGCGAGUCAACACUUCUUCAGCCACUCGUGAUGCCGUCCGAAAAGCCUACGAAUUCGCUCUGAAUCAUGUCGGUCAAGAUAAAGACAGUGGUGAGAUAUGGAACGAUUACAUACAAUUUCUGAAGGCCGGAGAAUGCAGCACAACUUGGGAAGAACAACAGAAGAUGGAUGCACUCCGCAAGGUUUAUCAUCGGGCAGUUCAAAUCCCACUAGAAAACGUAGAGAAGCUGUGGUCCGAACUCGAAGCUUUUGAAAAUAAUCUUAAUAAGAUAACGGCCAAAAAAUUUAUGUCUGAUCUUUCGCCGUCGUAUAUGCAAGCUCGCACAGUUCUUCGGCAGCUACAGCGUCACUUGGGUCCUUUGUUUCCUCCUCCUCCUCCGUCCGGCUCUUCCAGACCACCGCUAUAUCUUCCGCCGAAACCGACUUUUAAUGCAGCAGAAAGGGCGCUGGUAGGCUCUUGGAAAGCUUAUCUGAAGUGGGAAGAGAGUAAUCCUCUGGAACUAGAAGAGAAAGACAAGCAAACACAGGUUACCAGAAUUCAAAGUGUGUAUCGUAAGGCUGUGAUCCGAAUGCGAUAUUAUGGAGAAAUAUGGUACAUGGCCUUUGUUUGGACAAAUAGUGUCGGUAGGCAGGAUGAGGCUGUAAGUAUUCUAAAAGCAGGAAUAGACGCGAAUCCUACAAGUUUUCUUCUGAACUUUGCUUACGCCGAGAUACAAGAGGCUCGCCAAAACAUUCAAGAGGUUUACAAUAUUUUUGAUAAGUUUCUCGAAGUACUUCGUACUGAACUUGAGGAGCUGGAGACACGUGCCAACUCUGCCAAUUCUUCUUUCUCGUCUAAUGUUUCGGGUACUACUGUUCCCAUCAACGGACCGACACCCAGCUCUCUGAAUGCAGGUAGUAAUGGUGCUUUUGCUGAGGGCGGCACGCAGUCCAACAACUCGUCGUUUACUACUCAAAGUUCGGACGAUAAGCCUCCGAAGGUGAAAGAACUCAUUGAACGACGGACAGAGUAUGGUCUAGUAUACAUCAUGUACAUGCGAUUUGCGCGACGAGCUCAAGAUUUGAAAUCCUCCCGUGCAGUCUUUGGUAAGGCGAGGCGAGACCGGUGGACGCCAUGGGAGGUCUACGAAGCUGCUGCUUUGAUGGAAUAUCAUUGCACCAAAGAACUGGGGGUGGCGUGCCGAAUAUUUGAAAGAGGCUUGGAACUUUUUGGUGAUGAAAUCCAAUUCGCUCUGAGAUAUCUUGGAUUUUUGAUAUCAGUCAACGAUGACAAAAAUGCACGUGCCCUUUUUGAACGUGUUAUCACCACCUUUUCCUCUGAUCGUGCGAGACCCCUCUGGGAACGCUGGGCUCGUUAUGAAUAUCAAUAUGGUGAUUUGGAGGCAGCACAAAAGCUUGAGAAACGUAUAGCAGAGGUUUAUCCUUCAGACCCUCCGAUCAAGCGCUUCGCACAACGCCACACCUAUCUCGGAACGGAUGCCAUCGCCGCUCGUGAUCUAGGUUUCGCAGUGGUAGGUCGUCAAUCAGGAGCAGUGGGUUCGGGCAGCUCGACCAGUUCUAUCGAGAAACGCACGGAUUCCCAGCUGUCAAUAGCAUCUGCGUCAACAGUACCUGCUGUUCCACCUCCUGUAUCGACGCCUACUUUAAUAGCACAUACGAAAAGAGCCCCAUCUCCGGAUUUCAAAAGGCGAGAUGAAUCCAGGGCACCAGGAGAUUAUGGACCUCCGAGCAAAAGGCCCAGACCCAUGUCGCCAGCUUCCAGAGAUAGAGAACGUGGUGAGAGAUUUGACGGACCACCACGACGCCGGUUUGGAAGUCCUGCUUGGGAAAAGGAGCGAGAAGUGCCGCGUAGAGAUAGGGAGGAUGAAAAGGGUGUUAUGCUACCUGCCGUCCUGUCGUGGUUUGUGGGGCAGUUGCCUACUCCCAGCUCUUUUGAUGGCCCCGUAUUCAGAACGGACGAUCUGAUGAUGUUAUUCCGGAAUGCCGUUAUUCCAAGCAGCACUCGAAGGCCAUCUCCUCCUCCUGUACCACGUACCAGUGGUCGACCACCGCCAGACUAUGGCCCAUAUCAGGGUCCUGGAGGAAGGGGUGGUCGUAGGUAUUAAGAGCUAUAUCAUUUUUCACUAUCUGCUCUGCUUGUACCGCGAAUAUCCGAUUCCCAGGUAUACUUUUCAAGAGGGUUCAGUAGUUUGAAAUCCAGGAUGACUUCCUCCGUCGAUUACUUCUGAUUCUCCUGAUUGUUUGUUCGUGAUUUACGCGUACUAUGAAUGAUUGUUCUGAUUUGCCAUGUCGCACUAAUCUUGCUCAGAAUCAAUGAUUGUUAUUCACGAGACAAAAACUACAAUAUAUGAAACGAUGUAUAGUAUGCAGUACAAGAAAGUCGAAAUAAACAAAAUAGUCUACACUGAGAACGAACCAAUCAGUAUGCAUCCCCAAUAGAAGAAUCCAAAUCUAGACCAUCUACAGAGACGUCGUUAAGAAAUUCAUCUACAACACCUUUGACCUCUCGUACGAGAUCAUCACGAUCCCAUUCCGUCCUAUGCCGCCAGAUACAACCGAGACACGUCGCACGCAGCUGUUCAAGUUGCUCUAUUGAAAGAUUUUCCGUCCUUAUACGAAGAUCAAUCUGGAGCUUGGAUACCAGAAUCUCGUCGACAUGGAAUUCAGGAAGUGGAGAGGGUGACCUGGCUAUCUCCAUCGGUAAUGUUGGUUCUUCGGUGACUGUCGACGGAGGUACAAGUGAAGCCACUUCACCUGUAUUUUGCGGUGGAGAUGGGCUUCCUGGUGGAGGCUGAAGGGUAUAAUUUGGUGUGGGCUGAAAAGGAUUGGGUGGUGCCUGGCUAGGAACCUCUGGCUCUCCACUGACCCACAUACUCUGGAAAGGUGUAGUUUGGGUAGUUGGAAACUUGUCUUCCGAUGGCGACAUGGGAUUCAACAAGAAUGGAUCAAAGCCCCCAGGCUUUCGAAGUGGCAAGUCGACUGACAUGCUUUCAGGAUUCACAUAACCAUUGGCACUAGCAUGAGCAUCGGGCGGUUCGGGAGGGUCACGAGACUGAACAUCAUUGGCAAACCGCACCACUGAUGAUCUAUUCUGGCUCGAAGCAGGACCGAUAAUGUCCAUAGGGUCUGCGUCAUCGUCAUCGCUGAGUAUAACUUUUGGACGUUUGGAACUUGGACGUUCAAUCGCCUCUCCGUUCUCUUCACCAGACAUGGGAGAACCUGCUGCACCUUCGCUUCGCUGCCUCUUCAUUUUUCUCUCGAUCUGCAAUGGAUCCGUAAUAGUCAUUUCCAGCUGUUGACCAUUAUGACGUGCACUUCGCCUUGUCCCAGGAGCGUAAGCUUUGCCUUUGCCUUUAUUCUUCCUCCUCUCCUCACGACGCUUCCGCUCACGAGCGGCCAUCCGAUCACACUCGAGCCGCAGUUGAGGGUCAAAUUCGUGUAUACUGACUUGUGCAGCAGUGUACAUUGCCUGAGCUUUGAAUAAACGAUCAUUAUCCUCGUUCAUUCGGACGCCUGCAUUAUGUACGAUCUUGCCGAUAUCAUCCAAAAAGUCUUGCGGCGUCAGGUAUUUACCCUUGUAGAGGUCUAUGUGCAUUCUCUCCAGAUCCAUGUCGUAUAAUUGAGGUUCGGGUACUUGAGGCUCAGGGUGUGGCACAGACCCAUUUACGGGACCAUUUCCGCCUUCCUGUAUCACUUGCUGCUGCUGCUGUUGUUGAUCAGUGACCUCAACGGUCCCAUUUGGUCCAGCUUCUAUAGACACUUGCGUGGUGACGAUCUCAACUUGAGUAGCGACUGGUUGCGGAAUAUCAAAGUCAUACUC